UUCAAUAAAAUCUUGGGCUACGAUUACUACCGAUGCCGAAAUGUCAGCCAUGAUUUAUCAGUCGGUACACAUCCAAACCCGUUUCAGACCCCACUCAGGCAGCCAUGAGAGGGAAACUGUGGAUACUGCCACUCGCAUAUCUUCUGGCCUCCUCCGAGGGCUCCUUCGACUCUUGCGAGUUUAUGCUGGAAAACGAAAUUCCCUUCACACUGGCCUGCAAGGCCGAGUACAGCACCGACCUUAAGCUGAACUACCGAGACAUUUGGGUCAAGGCCGACGUGCCCUACUUUCUUUGGUGGAGGCGAGAGCCGAGUCUGGAGGUGCUGGUCUCCUUCUACGAGUCCCCCAUAUCCCCCUGCAAGAACGUUAGCCUGAGCCUCAACUGUCUUCACUGCUCAGACUCCGAGGAGCCCGGCAUCCACAUCCGACCCGAGGGCUUUCACUGCUUCGAGAUCUCGUUCUCCUAUGUGCGGGCGCUGAUGAAGCACUGUGGCCUGUCCCCCAAGCAUAGGAUCGAUCACGUGGCCAUCCACUACGCGAGGCGGGUCCCCAACCGGGACAUCCCUUCCGGGGCCAACCGACCUCGUCCUUGGACCCCCGGCAGGCAUCGAUGGUAAGAGGCGAAUCGCAGGGCGGGGGCAACGAGAGAAACUUCUGUCAAGCGGGAGACAAGUGAUCGGAACCGUUUUUAUUCUCCUGGAAAUUCCCAUCAAAUUUUUCGAAA